UGAUGUGUUUCCGCUUCCGCUUGGCCCUGUCGUUUUUGGUUGGACCGGCUUGUUGCGGGGAGUGAGGGGAAAGAUUGUGUGCAGUCUAGGAGCUCCGAGUACUGGAAGGUAAACUGAGCUCCCCAGAGACACUCAUUCCGCAGCCUCUGCUCGGGCCCAGCCUUCACUCUCCAGCUGCCACCACAGCCUGGAGGCGCCUGCCUCCACACUCCCGGAUGGUGCUCCUCUUUGCAGGCCUCGACCCAGAUCCAGGCUCCCUUUGUCCCCUGCCUCGGAGCUGUGGCUCCGGGUCUCUCUUGGUGCACUCCCGGAGGCGUGGAGGGAAGAACUUUUUCACAGCUCUAGCAACCCCUCUGGCACCUUGAAUCUCAGCGUCUAACCGAGUGUGAGGUCCUUCCUCCGCCCCCUUUUUCUGCCUUUGGCAAAGGGAAGCCCUUCUCCUUGACAUCCGGAGCCCAGGAAGCUCCACGCUGGGACCCUGGUCUCAGCAUGACAGUCCUCUCAUGUGUAUAGGGCUCUGCCCUCCCCCGGUCGUCAUGGCUGAACUCAGACAGGUUCCAGGGGGGCGGGAAACCCCACAAGGGGAGCUGCGGCCAGAGGUGGUCGAGGAUGAGGUCCCGAGGAGCCCAGCCUCAGAGGAGCCUGGAGGAGGUGGGAGCAGCAGCAGUGAGACCAAAUUGUCCCCGAGAGAGGAGGAAGAACUGGACCCUAGAAUACAGGAGGAGCUGGAGCACCUGAACCAAGCUAGUGAGGAGAUCAACCAGGUGGAGCUGCAGUUGGACGAGGCCAGGACCACUUAUCGGAGAAUCCUGCAGGAGUCGGCGAGGAAGCUCAACACGCAGGGCUCCCACCUGGGAAGCUGCAUUGAGAAGGCACGGCCCUACUAUGAGGCCCGGCGGCUGGCUAAGGAGGCUCAGCAGGAGACACAGAAGGCAGCACUGCGCUACGAGCGGGCUGUGAGCAUGCACAAUGCCGCCAGGGAGAUGGUGUUUGUGGCUGAGCAGGGCGUCAUGGCCGACAAGAACCGCCUGGACCCCACGUGGCAGGAGAUGCUCAACCAUGCCACCUGCAAGGUUAAUGAGGCAGAGGAAGAGCGACUUCGAGGCGAGAGGGAGCACCAGCGGGUGACGCGGCUGUGCCAGCAGGCUGAGGCUCGGGUCCAGGCCCUGCAGAAGACCCUCCGGCGGGCCAUCGGCAAGAGCCGCCCCUACUUCGAGCUCAAGGCCCAGUUCAGCCAGAUCUUGGAGGAGCACAAGGCCAAGGUGACAGAGCUGGAGCAGCAGGUGGCCCAGGCCAAGACCCGCUACUCAGUGGCCCUUCGCAACCUGGAGCAGAUCAGCGAGCAGAUUCACGCCCGGCGCCGUGGCCUUCCCCCUCACGCCCUGGGCGCCCGGCGCUCCUCCCCUGUAGGGGCUGAAGCGGGACCUGAGGACAUCGAGGAUGGGGACAGCGGGAUCGAGGGGGCUGAGGGUGGGGGCUUGGAAGAGGGCGGCAGCCUGGGGCCCGGCCCUGCCCCUGACACGGACACCCUUAGCCUGCUGAGCCUGCGUACCGUGGCCUCGGACCUGCAGAAGUGUGACUCGGUGGAGCAUUUGCGGGGCCUCUCGGACCACGCCAGUCUGGAUGGCCAAGAGCUGGGACCCCGGGGUGGAGGUCGCCGGGGCAGUGAUGGUGGGGUUCGUGGGGGGCGCCACCAGCGUAGCGUCAGCCUGUAGCCCCGUGGCCAGGGCUUCUGGCUUGCGUCUCCCACCAUGGUCCGGUCAGGGCCCCACAACCUUCUCACUUGUCCUCUGGGUCCUGUCUUCCCGGGGGGGGACCUUCUCCAGUGCUUCUGGGGAGAGUGGUCCUUUGCGUGCCCUGCCUUCUCACCUCCCUCCCUCGGAAGGC